AUGUUGGAAGCCAGCCGUGUUCGUCUGCUCAAUAGGCAGACGCAGAAAUACAUGACAAAACUGCGCUACCGCUUUCGCCGACCACAGGUGUUGCCACUUCGUCAGACAGCCGAGCAGCGGCGCAACACGAUUCUGAGAUUUUGCGAAAACGUCGGAUAUCCUCGGGGGAUCACUC